CACUGGCCUUUAGUCUGUUAGAAAGCAUACAAUGGCUACAGAUGUUCAAUUGGCUGAAUAUCCACUGAUGAGUCCAAAGGCUAAGCUGAAACCCGAGAAGAAGUCAGGACGCAAGCCAAGGAGCGCUGGGGACAGUGGGCCACAGAAAGAACUGGUGAUCCCAGGGAUUGUGGAUUUCGAGCGGAUCCGCCGGGCAUUGAGGACCCCCAAGCCCCAAACUCCUAGCACCUACUGCUUUGGACGCCUCAGUCACCACUCCUUCUUCUCCCGGCACCACCCACACCCUCAGCAUGUGACCCACAUCCAAGAUCUCACCGGGAAGCCUGUUUGUGUCGUCAGGGACUCUCCAGCCCCCUUGCCUGAGUCGACUAUCUUUUCCGGCUGUCAAAUGGGGAUGCCAACCAUCUCUGCCCCCAUUGGAGACCCACAGUCUAAUCGGAACCCCCAGCUUUCUUCUGAAGCCUGGAAGAAGGAGUUGAAGGACCUGGCUUCCCGGGUGGCCUUCUUCACCAAGGAGGAUGAGCUGAAGAAGAAAGAGCAGGAGGAGGAGGAGGAGGAGCCUCUGCGGGAGCAGGGCGCAAAGUACUCAGCGGAGACUGGGAGGCUCAUCCCCGCUUCCACUCGGGCUGUCGGCCGCCGCAGAUCCCACCAGGGCCAGCAGAGUCAGUCUUCCAGCAGAGAUGAGGGAGUCCAGGCCUUCCUCCUUCAGGAUCAGGAGCUGCUGGUCCUGGAGCUCCUGUGUCAGAUCCUGGAAACAGACUCCCUAAGCGCAAUCCAGUUCUGGCUGCUCUACGCUCCGCCCAAGGAAAAAGACCUUGCUCUGGGACUCCUGCAGACAGCAGUGGCUCAGCUCCUUCCCCAGCCCCUAGUCUCCAUCCCUACAGAAAAGCUCCUAAACCAGCUCCAAGAUGUGCACCAACCUCCUCAAGAGAAGCAAGAGCCACCCUGCAGUCAAUCCCCGAAGAAAACGAAGAUGUCACCUUUUUCAAAAAGUGAAAAACCAGAGUACAUUGGAGAAGCUCAAGUCCUCCGGAUGCAUUCAAGCCAGAACACAGAGGAGAAGACAUCGAAGCCGAGGGCAGAGAGCUGAGGGACCCUAACACCUUCCCCUGCCUUGCUCAAGAGCAGCCCUAAGGGUUCAGGGGUGUUUCUGUCUCCACCACCUUCAUAGCAGUACCUGAUUCCCUACCAUGAAAAGUCUACUGAAUAAAACCUGUCUUCCCUG